AUGGGGUCAAAUAUCCUGAUAUCAAAGAAGGCUCGCUGUCUCCCGCAUCCACAAUCAUCAAACCCUGACGUCCACACGGGCUUCAUAAGCGGUCUCAGGUUCGAGACUCAACUCCGGACACUGAACCAGUUCCCGGAUACUCUCUUGGGCGACCCGGCGCGUCGAAUCCGCUACUUCGAUCCUUUACGGAAUGAGUACUUCUUCGACCGCAACCGGCCCAGUUUCGACGCCAUCCUGUACUACUACCAGAGCGGCGGCAGACUCAGACGGCCAGUCAACGUGCCGCUUGAUGUGUUUGCGGAGGAGAUUAAGUUCUACGAGCUCGGUGAAGUCGCCAUCAACAAGUUCAGGGAGGAUGAAGGCUUCAUUAGGAAGAAGAGCGGCCACUCCCGGAUAACGAGUUCCAGAGGAAAGUGUGGCUGCUCGAGUACCCGGAGAGCUCGCAGAACGCGCGUGGUGGCCAUCAUCUCCGUCUUCGUUAUCCUCCUUUCCAUUGUGAUCUUUGCCUUGAGACACUACCGGAAUUCAAGCACUACAAGGUGUUCAAUACCACGACCAACGGCACUGUGGAGGAAGACGAAGUGCCCGAAGUCACGGAUCCUUUCUUCCUCAUAGAAACCAUUUGUAUCGUUUGGUUUUCCA